AUGAAAUUGGAGAACGUUGAUGUUGCUAAAUUGCAACUUACUGAUUUACCAAAAUUUGAGAGAUGCCCCUGUGAAUUAUGCGAUGAUGGUUGUUUUGAUCGUGCAGGUUAUCAACAUCACCCAGAAUGCCAGCGAAAACCAGUACAACGAACAAAAUUAUCAUUAGCACUUCGUUGCCCUCUUUCACAUUAUCAAGCAACAUUUCAAGCAGCAACAAAUGAAUCUGGUGAACCAGCAAAUCAUCGUCGUCAACCAUGUCCUCCAGCACCUGACAAUGAAAUACCGAUAUCAUUUAAAAAUGCAGCUAUGACUGGUCUUAGUUCACAACGAGAUCAUUAUCAACCUCCGCCGUUAAGUAAUAUUAAAAAUCCUUCGACUACGCAUAUGAAACCGAAAAAUAAUUCUUUAUUAAUUCGUGCAGUUCCAAUGGAAACGCAAAGUCAAUAUCAAAUUGAAUAUGUUGAAAAACCUGUUAUUCCAAUUUCAUUUCGCCCAUUAAAAGAGUCUCAUAUUAAUUUCGGUGAACCAAUAGCACCAUUAUCUUCUCAAACAACAACUCGAUCACAUUUUAAGCCAUGGAAUUCAGCACGAUCACAACCAUAUGCUGAAUUACCUCCUGUUGCAGUCUUUGUAUUAUGUUCUCAUUUGACAAAUAACAAGAAAAAAAAUGAACUAUUAAUUAAUUUUCUAGGUCACGUUCUUUUUCCUGGUUCAAGUCGUUGUUUUAGUACUUCAACAGGAAGUACAUUUAAACCAUUUCCAAAAGUAUUACAAGCAAGACCAGUUCCUCGAGUUGAAAAUAGUGGAAAUCUUAUAGCCUCUGGUUCAAUGGAUUUACGUACAAAUUAUCGUGAAAGUUAUAUUCCACAUGAACCAUCAUCAGCACGAAGUGCUCCAACUGAACGAAAAGAUAAAUCAAAAGAAGAUAAAGUUUAUACACGUCGUCCAAUGCAUACUAUAACACAAACAAGUUUAGAUUUUCGUCCUUAUCCAAAUCAUCGACCAUCACCGCCAGCUGAUAUGGAACCAUUUGUAUCUCAAAUAACUUUAGGCGAUUCAUUGACACCAGCUGUAACUAAAAGUCAAUAUCGUGUCGAUUAUGAAGGUAUUGAUACGAGCAGACAUCUUCGUCAACCGGCUGUAGUACCAAAAGAUAAAAGGCCUUAUGUAGCACCAAUGCAAAAAAUGGAUACAAUAUCAGUAACACAUAGAGAUUUUCAACCAUUGGAUAUAACUACUUUACCACGUAUUCGUUUAAUACCAAUGAAAACAACACUACCAUUUAGCGAGCAACAAGCUCCUAUGGAAAGUGUAACAAUGUCUCGAUAUCAUUUUCAACCAUAUGACUCUAUAAAAUCUAAACGAACAUAUGGUGAACCAUUGCCUAGUGUUUAUAUACCACCAGCAAGUAAAUUUGAAGGUUUAACAACAACCGGUGAAACAUAUAAAGGACAACCAGGUCAACGAGCACGUGCUUAUGUACCUGAAAUUAAAAUGAUUAGUCAAAUGGGAGAACAGGAUCAUAAAACAAAUUAUCAAGUUGAUUAUCAUCCACAUGGUUUGACAUUAUGUGCUGCUAAAGCUUAUGCAAUGGCUCAAAACAAACAAAAACCUAAAACGCCAAUUUCUGCUCAAUAA